AUGAGGCUGCGAAGAGCACGAGACGUCAUCAGCAAAGAGUACGCUGGCGCCGAGGCCCGUUCAUAUAAACGUGCGGACGGCGCGCGCGCCAGUCAGUGGAAAAGAGCCGAGCAAAUAUCGCGUUCCCUUUGUUUCGACUUUAAUAAAGCGUCGGAGAAGAAAAGAAACCCAAAAAUGGUCAGCGGCAACAAGGACCCCAGCGAUCCGAUGAAGAUACCGCCGAAGAAUCGUGAGAAGAAGACAAACAAUUACAAGCGGGCUAAUUUUUUGUCGCGAGCAUGGUUCAUGUGGAUGAUGCCGACGUUUUGGCGCGGAUACAAAAGGGACCUCUACGAUUCCGAUCUCACUAAGCCCAAAGAAAGUCACUUGUCGGACAAACUCGGCGACCGUUUGGAAAAG